GCUGACGCCCCACUUGUCCCUCGCCGCGCUCCGUCCGUCGCCCCUGCCCAGCGAACCUGAUCCCAAGAUGGCGGCGCCCAGCAGUAGAAGGAAUGGCGGCGGCGGCGCCGUGAACUUGUGGGCCGCGCUGCUCCUGGUGGCCGUGGCGCUGAGGCCGGCACGGGCGGUGUCUGAGCCCACGACAGUGGCCUUUGACGUGCGGCCCGGCGGCGUGGUGCACUCCUUCUCCCAGAACGUGGGCCCUGGGGACAAAUAUACCUGUGUGUUCACCUACGCAUCUCAAGGAGGGACCAAUGAGAACCCCAGGAGGCUGUCCUUAUCCCCGCCUCACACACGAGGACACGGUGGCUCAGAGACUGAAGACUGCCCUGGCUCCCCCAGCUGGGACGUGACCAAGGUCCCCAAGGCGCAGGCCCCUGACCGCCGCCCUGAGCCAGGACAUGCCCCGCGUCACCAGCAGCUCGGAAAAGAACGCCCGCGCCUCCCUAACGGGACCCUUGGGAUGGACAGUCCACUGCAGCGUAGGGGGAGAGAGCUAGGCUCACUCUUGGAAAGGUGGCUGGGUCACAAAUUCUAAAACGAGCAUCAGGCUUGAUUCUGCCGUUUCGGGCAUCCUCAAGGAAACACCUAAGAGCCCAGCAGACACGUCCAGCACCCACUUGUUCCAGCAGCACCAGCCUAGAACUGUGAUCAUCAGACACCACGGGCCGACUGCAGAGCUGCGUGCGUGCGGUGCGACCCACGGGCUCUCUGGCUGCUGGCCUGCCGCCCGCUUAGGAGCAAACAGCCGGCCGGAUUCUCAGCAAACAUGCAGGGGCCGUCCAAGAUGUUCUCCGGGAUCCGCUUGGCCACACUUGGGGGCCCUGCCAAGAUGCCCCUCGGAGCAGCUGGAACGGAAGCCCCAGAGGCCCAAGUGGCACUUCUCUAGAGCCAUCGUCAACAGAGGGGAAAUGGGUCUGUGGUCUGGGCUCCCAGGGGGCCCGGGAUGCAGGCUGGGCCUGGGGAGAGUGGGAGGCCAGGCUGCUUUGACAGUGGUUCGUUUCUCCAGAGGGUCACCUGAGAGGCCGGCUGGUGCCGGGUGACAGCAGGCACAGCGUUAUUCAUGAUCUCAGUGCCGGCCAGCAUCCUGAGCGGCCAGAGAGCUCGUCCAAGGUUGCCGGGAAUGCGGCCACUUGGGAAGACUGGCCCUUUCUUAUCAAGUUAAACAUACGACCCCAUGCUUCCACUCCUCGGUAUCUCCCCGUUAGAAAUGAAAACUUAUGUCCACACAAAGCUUGUACGUGAAUGUUCGUAGCAGCCUGAUUCAUAAUAGCCAACAAGUGGAAACAACCCAAGUGUCCCCCAGCUGAUGAUGGAUAAACACAGUGUGGUCCCUUCACACAUGGGAACAUCAGUCAGCCGUGAAAAGGGGUGAAGCACUGACACUCGCUACAACGUGGAUGGACCCUGAGAACACGAUGCUCAGUGAGAGAAGCCAGACACAGAAAGACCCAGAGUGUGUGAUUCCAUUGAUGGGAAACGUCCAGAACAGGCAGAUCCACAGACACAGAGGGUGGGUUCGUGGUUGUUGGGCUGGGGGAGGAGAUGGGGGUGUGCCUGCUCAUGGGGAUGGGACUUCUUUGGGGGGUGAUGAGAAUUAGAUACAGGUGAUGGUUGCACAGCUCUGAAUAUACUAGGUAGCAUUGAAGCACACACUUUAAAAGAGCGUAUCGUCUAUACAUGUUUUAUUUUUUAAUGUAAAUUUAUUUAUGUAUUUUUGGCUGCAUUGGGUCUUCGUUGCUGCGCGCGGACUUUCUCGUUGCGGCAGGCGGGGCCUACUCUUCAUUGCGGUGUGCAGGCUUCUCGUUGUGGAGCACAGGCUCUAGGCGCGCGGGCUCGGUAGUUGUGGCACGCGGGCUUAGUUGCUCCGCGGCACGUGGGAUCUUCCUAGACCAGGGUUCGAACCCACGUCCCCUGCAUUGGCAGGAGGAUUCUCAACCACUGCGCCACCAGGGAAGCCCCAUAUUGUAUGGUAUGUAAACUGUUUCUCAAUAAAGCUGUUAAAGGCAAGUGAAUUAUUGAUACACGUGUAGCCACAUGGGUGAAUCUGAUAUGCGUUAGGCUGAGUGAGACUGACCGGCGCAGGAGACCAUGUCCUGUGUGAUUCCACUCAGGUGGCAUUUUGCAAAGGCACAACUAUGGGGACAGAGCAGAUCAGUGGUUACCGGGAAUUUGCAGGAAGGGGUUGACUCCAGAGGGAUGGAGGAGAGAUAACUGGGAAGAUGGAACUGAUCUGUAUCUUGAUUGGGCGGUGGAUACACAGUGUGUGCAUUUGUCAAAACUCAUAGAACAGACACUGAAAUGGGUCCAUUUCACCAUCUGUUACUUGUCUCCUAAUAAAAAAUAAUAGCGGUUACCAAUUACCUGUCCUCGAUUACACCCAGCCACUUAGAUCCUGAGCCCCCUAGCCUCCCAGAGAAGGUCACAGAGGCUCGGGCUGAACAGGCUGCCCCAAAACACACCGUCGUGUGAGUGUCUGAUGCCAAAACCUGAGCCUUACCAAGGGCACCUACUGCCCACCCCGGCCUGCGGCCUCGAGACCAAGGUCAAGUUCAUAUAACAAGACCACUCAGAGGGAUGUUGACCCUAUUGCUAAGAAGCUCUUGGUUUAAAUUUUGUUUGCUUUCAUAAUUUAAAAAAAAAAUGUUUAAAUGUUUGCCUCGGGACUUCCCUGGUGGACCAGUGGUUAAGACUUCAAGCUCCCAAUGCCGGGGGGCCCAGGUCCGAUCCCUGGUCGGGGAACUAGAUCCUGCAUGCAUGCCAACUAAGACCCGGCACAGCCAAAUAAAUAAAGAAAUAAAUAUUUAAAAAAAAAAAAAAAGAA